AGGACCCCACCGUUUAAUGCGUAGCACACACUGAGUUGACGCCCUCUCGUUGUCCCAAUCCGUGCUGGCUGUUGGGUCCCAUACCGAGGAAGUGGCCAGGUGCGAUGUACCAGGAGUCUGCAGGCCGCUGAGAGGAGACACCAACCCCACACCACCUACGGCUCCCGGUAGUAUGAUCGCUUCAGCCGCAGGACUCUCCGCCAUUCCGUGUCACACUCACUUCCGGCAGCCCGGAGCAGCGAGAUGACUGGCAAGAGAGACGCUCGCUGUCAUAGAGAGUUCGUCCUGCUCAGGUACUGUCCGCUCACUGCACCAGGAAGCAGUAAGUGAGGGAAUUCUGAAUGCAAAACGAAAGUGUCAUAGAGAGCUUAGAGGCUGGCUAGAGUGGCUGCUCUACCAUAGAGAUCAGUUACCAGGUUGCAUAUCCGGUGGUGGAGAGGUGUUCCCUAGCUAUCAGUGUCUCGCAGACCUGGCUCGCACAGACGACAAGUAGCCAUUUUGUUGGUUUGUAAUCUUUGCUUGUGUUUUUUUAAUGCAAUUAUUUGAAUGUGUAUCGCGUACAGGUUAAUUAUAGUUUAGCAUUUUAGCGUAUUGUAUUAAACAGCUUGAAUAGAGCCACUCAUUACACUGAAGGACUCCCACAUUCACAGCAGUAAUACUAAGACACACUAUUGCAUUGAAGUUUAUUCAAUAAACUGUGAACUGUGCUGGAUGGAAAGACAAAUUGCAAAUUUUUUGACAAAAAUAAAUCACUUGACGUUUGAAAAGACCAGCAAUUUUUGCACUUUGGCUUUUUUUGGCCUAUGUCUGCAGACUGAGUUUCAGUGGGUUGCAAGGCAAUGUUUAGACAUAACAAAUACAAUAGUCUUCAUUUAUUUUUUGCUAAAGUAUGUAGCUUCAGCAGUUUUAAACGACAUUUUCCUUGAUGCUUAGUGAACUUCAUAGAUGGGUGUCCAGGAAACACUGUCCAGAUAAACGUAAUAGCUUAUAUAGGUAGCAUAAAAAAUGUCAUGGCCCACAUUGUUUGUGCUGAAGGAUUAAACUUUAUUCAAUAGAAUCUAAAUUGCAUACAUUUGAGGCCAAAAUAGCAGCACUGAAAACAUAACUAACCAUGAUCAUUUAUUGAACAUUAAUGAUCCAGUCUGGAAGGUAUGGGAUCAGGAGUCGGGACAGGCUGUUUGUAGAGUUGUUAAAAUGCAUCUUUAAUGGGUCAUUAUCGUAGAAUAAAUGUUGUUUGUACAUCAAAUUAAUAAUUUUAUAUAAAUUUGCCGGCCACCCAUAUGUAAAGAAAUACUAUUGUACAUGUUUGUAUUCCCAAUGCUGUAGUGUUCCUUUAAAUUUACUUUUGUUCCAGCAUCAGGCUAGUCUCCUAACUGCAGCCAGAUUCUCCUUCAGUUAGAUCAUAACACUUGAUUUUCUUUGUCCAAUCAGAUUGUAGAGAAGCAAUAAAGACACAUUCAACACUCUCUUUGCUUCACUAAUUCAUUGCUUUUCUAUGAGAAACUUUGACUGCUUUAAAGGGUUACUCCAAACACCAUGACCACUUCAGUAAUUUGAAUGGUGCAUGGAGUCUGUAUAUAUACCUCCCAACUUCGACCAUCAAUGAAUCGGGAGGGGAUAAUGGGACCAGGCCAGUGGCACAAUUGCAUCACUGGCUCUGACCAAAAGGGGCAGACUUGCUACUGGCAGGUCAUUCUGAUGUGAAUACUUUCCAGAUGUGCUCUGCACUGAAACAGUGCUUCCUGCAGGGUCUGCCCUGAAUUGCCCUUCAGUGCUACCAGCAGAGUCUUAGUGCCCUGAACAUAGAGUGAGCACUAUAAUGCUGCGCAAGAGUUCCCUGGUGUCCCUAAAAGCCCAACAGUGGGGCAGGACAUGAAAAUUGUGACUUUCAUGCCAAAAUCAGGACUGCUGUGAGACAUGUGUAUGUGCGUUGUUUCACUAUGAAAUGCUGCACAUACAGAUUUGAAUUCCUUUGCUGACAGAGGUGUAGCUCCACCUCCAAGGGCAUCAUUAUUACACCUGGCACAAGAGUUACGGGCUAAUGUCAAUCCUGUGCAUAUUUUUAUGCACAUAAUGCUAUUGAUUGGCUAACGCUUUCAUCCGAUGAAUGGUGGAGGGAAUGGUUUCUGAAAUUCUGGAAAAGCCAGCUGCAUGUCACCAGACAUAGAAGGAGACUUGGUGCCUGACUGGGACCAGUUAAGAAGGCAAACAUUGUAAAAGAGUUUACCCCUUUAUUGGGAAACAGAGCAAGUAUACUCCUCACAUCAUAAACACUAUAGUGGACUGUAGUAGUUUUGAUGCAUGGAGUAAUCCUUUAACAAGCUUUUAUUUCAGCAAGGUCUUAAAUGAGAACUAUGUUGGGAGAUCCAAAUGAGUGUAGACAAUUAAAAUACAAGUCAAAACUUUAAUAAACAAUUGCAUGCAUAAAGAAACACUGAAAAGCCUUGUUAGCCCCACCUGAUCCACAGGAAAAAUGAUUAUAUAUCUUCUUUUUUUGUGUGUGAAAUGUUUAUUGAAAUUGAGGUUGUCACAGACAAAUACUUUAGCAGUCAAACGUAGUACAAAGAAAGGCAUUGCGCAACAUUGUUCAAUCCAAUCAUUAGUGCAGGUAUCAUUAGCUUUAAAAGGACACUAUAGUCACAGAUCUACUACAGCUUAAUGUAGUGGUUCUGGUGUCUAUAGCAUGUCCUAGCAGGUUUUUUAAUGUAAAUGCUGCAUUUUCAGAGAAGGGGGGGGAAUUCAGAAGAAAGGAGUUUCAGGGUCUUGAGGAGGUAGAUCACAGCUCUAACCCUCCAAAGUAGGAUAAUAGGCAUGUCAAGGACUGUAUAAGAGUUCCUGAAAGUCGGUUGUCGCCAUUAUGACGAACCAUUGUACCCAUAUCCCAGUAUAGGUCUGAUUGCGGUGAGAAGAGCCAAAUAUUAGCUCCUCUAUCCUGGUAAACCAGAGAUGCAAUGAGGGCAUAGCUAAUUGUCAAUAUUAUAUAUGUUCUAGUCAAACUUGUUUUACCAUUGUUGGGUGGGAGGGGUAUAUUUAUCACUUGAGACAUACUAUUCCAAUCACUUAUUUAGGCACUUGAGUUUCAUCAGCAUAUCCCCACCUCCAUGUUAAUAUAUGGGUCAUCGAACUUUUCUUUGGCUCAAGCUCAAGGUGUUUCUGGAACCUAACAAGGCCCCUGGUACCAUGUUUGACCUUGAUUACCUUUUAUGAUGAUCUCUUACAUUGGUUUUGGGAUGUGUAUUUUGUGAGAUAAUGUAUAUCUUGUUUAUGUUUGCAAUAUAAUUCAGUUUUUUUAUGUUUGUUUUUUAUUUGCAUAAAAUGCAUUUGGUUUUAACUAACAAAUGUGAGAAUUAGUAUUUUUUUUUAAAAUAUUGUCACACUUCUCAUGUUAUGUUUCCUGACAUAUAUUAUUUUUACAGAGUAAUAAAACACUGAUUCAUAUGCUAUUAUUUUCUGUUUAAAAAAAAAAAAAAUAAUAAUCAUUUAGAUACAUAUUCCCCUGAGGACGAAAACACAUAAAUGACUUGUGCUGCGUGUGGUUGCAACAGUCGUUAUUUAAAAGAAAGCGGCAAACAAUUUUUCAGGUAUAUUUCUGAUUGUUUAUCUAAUGCAUUUUACUAAAAAGGUAAAAAUAAAUUAAAUAUUGAAUAUUCUAGCAUAAUUAGACUUUUGUUAUCAAUUAUGUUUUAUAAUACUUUUAUGAAAUGUAUAUAUAAUUCUUUAACACUUUUCUGAGUAAAAUUGUCUGUUUUGAUUGUGACAAUUUCCUUUACUGAGGGCAUCUCCAAAUCUCGUAAGACGCAUUUAAACUUUGUUUCUGAAAAGCCUUGCAUGGGUAUCUAGUGUAUCAAUAGUUCAUCUUGUGAUAAUCUGACAUUGUUUAAAUUCCAUGGUCAGUUUGUUUUUAGUGACAUAAUUUUAGUGCUCAGUAUGGUAAACCUGUAGAGAGCUAAAGAAUGUACUAUACUUAAAGCGGCACUGUCAUGUCGAACUGACCUUUCUUUUAUUGUUUUCUCUUCCUCUCUUAGAAUCUGUUCUUCUUUUCCUUAUUUCAAAGGUAAUGUAGGGAUUAUUUUGUUUUAUGUAUUUUUUUGUAUACUUGAUCCUAUUAGACUAAAGGAAGAGCUUAAGUCCGCUCCAUUUCCUGUGUCAAGUACUUUGACACAGGAAAUGGAGCUGACAUACUUUUUCUGACACAGGAACCUUGUCUGAUACAGGAAAUGGAGAUGACCUUGGGUCAGAGAAAGUCAGGCUUAGGAAAAAUACUUAAGACAAAGUAGUCCCUACUUUAUCUUCUGUUUUAAAGAAAAGUAGAUCAGAAAAGAAGAAUUCUGUUCAGAUUCUGAGAGAGGAAGAGAAGUGGACACAAUAAGAGAAAGGUAAGUUCGGCAGGACAGUACCACUUUAAUACUCCCAAAAGAGGGGAAGGACCCAUGUCAUUGCUCCAGUUAAAUGCCCAUCUCAUUGCUGAAUAUGGACCUCACUUUACCAAGGCCCUUUCCAUGCGCAUGCAGAUGGUUGUUCCAGAUCUGGUCCACCCAGAUCAAUCAAAAACCCCUCAUUUGGGUAUACUGGACUUUCCUCAUGGUGGCAGUAACUCACAUGGGUUUUGGUAAGGCAGGACUUGACAAAUCCCAAGUCGAACUGGCGACUAGGAAUAUUGUCCUGGAGCCUGGGUGUUUGUCAGCCUGAGGGAGCGUGAAGGUGGCUGGCUGGGGUCACGAGGAGCCGGGCUGCGAGGUAGCAGAAAUCUUACUUCGCUUCUUGCUCUGCUCCCUCGCGCAGCCUGCUGUGAUGCCAUUAGCCCGAAUAUGAACUCACUCAGGCCCCGGAAUCAAUAAACAGUGUGGAGGGAGCAGAGCAAAAAGAGCAUGAAGAUUAUACAAGCCCCACUGGACCCCAGGGAAAGAAUCCACUCCAGCUCUCCCAAAGGUAAGGAGGCUGGGUGGACAUAAAUAAAAAUGUGUGUCUGUCAGUAUCUGUGUGCGUCUGUCUGAGAGUGUGUGUAUGUGAGUCUUUAAUAUUGAUUGGACCCUGGGCAAGAAUUUACCUGGGUCCCUUGGGUCCCACCUUCCUACACCCUAGCAUGCAAUCACACCCUCCACCACAACACACACAAAAAUGUGCAGUGCAUGAGUAUGUAACAGCCAACUCACUGCUUUCCCAUAUGAAAGCAUUGGGAGGCUAUUACGCAUGUGGCAAAACACUGCGCUGCACCCAUCAGCAUCUCCUCAUAGAGAUGCGUUGAAUCAAUGCAUUUCCAUGCGGAGUGUUCAGCGUGAAUGCCAGUGCUGCCCGUUGUGCAACACUCGACUAGGAAGCACCUCUAGUGGCCGUUUGAUGAGUGGCCACUAGAGAUAUUCCUAGGCAGUAAUGUAAAUACUGCCUUUUUUCUGAAACGGCGGUGCUUACAUUAAAAAGCUUGCAAAGCAUUCCGAUCGCUGCUACAUCCUGUUUACCUAGACAUUGGAAGUCUCAAAAUGUGCCAUCUCUAAGAGAAGUUUUUAAUUUGAUUUUAGAAAAUAAGGCACAUGAAUUAUCACACAGAGCUAAUAUGCAUGGUUUCCCAAUACUAAAAUAUAACUGGGAUAAAUGGGAAGAAAAAAUCAAAACAGUUUAUGGUCUUUGAUAUAUUUAUUGUUAAAGUGCAUUGUUGUAAAACAUUUUUCUUUUUGCCAUAUACUUUAAUAUGUUUAUUUAAUUGAUGGAUGGAUACCCCUUCCCAUUUCCAAGUUACCCCUCCUUUCCUACCCCUAAUACAUUGUUUGUAUUAUUAUCAUUUGUUAUACAAAAAAACUUUAAUAAAAAUUAUUUGAAAAAAAGCUUGCAAAGACAUGCUAUAGACACCAGAACUACUAUGUUUAGCUGUUGUGGUUCUGGUGACUGUAGUGUCCCUUGAAUAUAGAGAAAAAAAAAGAAUCAGCACAAAUGAAUGAAAUAAAAUGUCUGUAUCAUUAUUCUAAAAAUUAUUUUUAAAAAAUAAUAAUAAUAAAAUAUGCACAUUCCUAGCUUGAUUUUGGGCACAACGUCUGACACAAACAUUUUGUACUUUGUAUAUGUAUAAAAAAAUAUAUAAAAAGUAAUAUGUAAAAUACAAAAUAUUUGUGUCAGAAGUUGUGCUUUUUUAAUUUGUAGAUUAAUGAUACAGCCAUUUUAUUUCAUACAUUUGUGCUUAUUUCGGUGCUGCUUGGAGGGGGGUUCGGGGCAGUAUUACACAAUCUUUUUAUAUUUUUUUAUUUAUUCAUAUUCAGAUUGUCUAAUACUGCCCCUCACCCCCCUCCAACCAGCACCAAUAUUCGCACAAGUAUAUGAAAUAAAAUGGCUGUAUCAUUAUUCUAAAAAUUAAAAAUAGCACAAUUUCUGACACAAAUACUUUGUAUUUUACAGAUAUUUUUUUUAUUUUUUCAAACAAUGUGUAGAUAGAUUGUACAGUACCAACCCCACUCCCUCUUCUCCAACCACCCCUCCCUAAUCCUCCCCCCUCGAAUCUACCAGCCCCUUUACCCCCAUAAAACAACCAAGUAAUUUAUCUUCAGUGAUUUACUGUAAUUUAAAUACUUACAGUUCUGAAGACAGCAGGCUCAGGGGUCAGUGCUCUGGGGCCUGGGCUCAGGGUUCACGGUGUUCGGCGCCGCUCUGCAGUUGGGGGAGACCGGGCUCGCUGUAGUGUUGCCGCGCCUCCGCGUGAUGUCAGGGCAACGCGCGUAAACAAAAGACAGGGCAGGUCGGGAGGAAGAGCAAGUAAGUCUUUCAACUCCUUCACUAUGCAGCGAUGCCGCUCACAUAGUGAAGGACUCAGGAGGCAAAAAAAAUGUAGCAUAUUAUUGUGGGCAGCUGCCUUGAGCACCCCAGGAACAACUGGGCCCGGAGCAGCUGCCCCUCUUGAUCCGCGUUAAAGACUGGCCUGGUCCUCACUGAGUGUGAGUGAGGAGAGGAAGCAGUAGGAAGGGGGCGGAGCUAAAUAUUGAUUUGCGAGGAUCUCCCAGAUCUGCAACUAUGUAUCUCUCCCCACUCAUGCCUGGAGCAUGGGGAGAGGUACCUGCAGAUCUGGGAGAGCCAUUCAGAGUUCCAUCAGCCAGAAAUACUGGCCACUGCAUUGCCGGUAUUCCUGCAAUACCGGCACCGGCCACACAGCCCCAAAUACCAGCUGUGCCGGUAAAAUACCAGUCAGAUGGCAACCCUAGAUAUAGUACUAAGUAACCAGGAAGCAUAUAUAAUAUGUACUUAUUAUGUUCUCCAAGGUACAACAACUGCCGGCAACACUUUAAAUGUAUUUGAUAAUAUUAAAUGAAAACUGCAACAACAUAUGGACCAAACACCCUUAAAAUACUUUGCAGAACAUGGGCUAUAUACACCCAAGUGUAUUGCCCAUGUUGUGCCAAUUGGAUUGACCUCCAGGAGAAGAUUAGAUCCAUGGUGUGUGUCCUGUAUUUCUUUAUGAAAUGCAAGUGCACACAUUGAUUGUAUUAGACCAAAAAUAACUACAGAAAAUACUUAUUAUUAUUAUUAUUAUUAUUAUUAUUAUUAUAUAAUUAGUCUAUUUUUCAGCUGUCAUCUUUAUACAUUAAGCAUUUUUUUUUUACUUACUGCAUAUAUACUUAGCUUUAUAUAUAUAUAUAUUUUUAAGAUUCUGUGAAAAGGUUUAUCUAUAGCAUCCAGUACAAACACUAAAACAAUAAUGUAUUAUUAUCAUCAUAUGUAUUAGCAGCUGAUAGGAUUUGUCAAUCCAGUUAAUUUUACUAAAGGACGACUACAGUAGCCAUGCCAAACCGCAAGGGAAUCCAGGUUUGAAAUGUUUUGCUCCCGAGACAUCUGUACAAACACUAAAACAAUAAUGUAUUAUUAUCAUCAUAUGUAUUAGCAGCUGAUAGGAUUUGUCAAUCCAGUUAAUUUUACUAAAGGACGACUACAGUAGCCAUGCCAAACCGCAAGGGAAUCCAGGUUUGAAAUGUUUUGCUCCCGAGACAUCUGUUUCCUCCACUGCCCACCCCGAGGAAGAGAGUCCACAUUUUGCUUUUCCUAGUGGAAGUGUGCAAAAUCAUCUGUAUGAGUAGUGUCACUGAUCUCCCUUCACCUUCUCGCUCAGGUGGAGCCGUGGCAGAUUUUCUCAGUGAUAAUGCCGUACUCCAAUGACUAAAGAUUGACAAGGGAGCAGAGGAAGUUAGAGGCACCCGUUUCAAUGCAACCUUUAACUAGUUUUAGGGUGGGUGCAGUGUUAUUGGCUCUAUUGAGACUUAGGAUCUAAAUGUCAUUCAGAAACUCCUCCCCAAUCUGUAUUAUUUUAAGGCAGGUAACAAGAUGUAUUAUCCCACCAGAUGUGCAUUUUCUCGUGAUAAUAGAUAUAACUUUCUUUCCUAUCACUUGUGAAAUAUAUUUUUAUGAUCCUGUCAAGGUUUAUUUUGUUUUGUUAAUAUUUCAGAUAAGCAGCUGAGAAAUCCAGAUGUGGUAGAUUGUCUUUUCUGUCAAGUAUGCAUGAUGGAAAUUCUGCAGAAAUAUCUUUUCGUUUUUGUUUUUUAUUUUAUAUGAGAGAUCGCAUGCCAACGCAAUGGGCAAAGCAGCAAUCCUUUUUACCAAAAAUAAGUUUCUUGCUGAUUUUUUUUUUUCCCUUCUUUAAAAAAAAAAAAAAGUGAAUUUCCAGACUCUAAGAAUAAUUGACUACAUUAAAUGUUUGCGGAGUUUGUUCCUUCUUCAAGAUGCAGAGUUAAAUUAUUAAACUAGGUAACUCAAUAAAAGUGUAAUCCAAUGUAAUUAUAAUCUUUUUUUUGUCUUUGUCAGCUUUCCUAUCAAAGAUCGUGAUCGUUUUGAAAAAUGGAUUGCUUCAUUUCAACAUAGAAACUGGAAACCAUCUGAUACCCUCUGUAGUGAUCAUUUUACGGAAAAUGACUUCACUUUGCUCCCAGGAACAUUGGUUCCUUGCCUCCGAACAGACGCGGUGCCUUCUGUCUUCAGUGUAUUGCCAGAUAAUGAUAAAAAGCUUAUAUUAAAAAGAAGAAAUCCAAAGAAGAUCCAAAAAUCACAAGAAAAAAGCUGCAAUGCAAUAAACUCUGACGACAAGCUUCCGAACUCCGAAGCGAGCAGUCCCGGUGACCAUGUUGAUCACAACUACUCAGUUGCAUGCAGUGAAACUGAAAAUGACAUUCCCUUUUCAAGUCUAAACCCUGGUAUCAUGAAACUGAAGCGGAAAAUAAGACGUUUAACACGCCGCGCACAGAGACAGAAAUAUAAAAUACAAACCAUGAAGGAACAAGUGAAGAAAUUAAAACGAAAUAAUCUGAUGAGUAAACAAACAUGGAAUUCGGUGCUAAUAGUUGAGGAUUUUUAGCAAUGCUUAAAAAGCUAACAGGUUUGUGACAAUAAUGUCUUUAUUUUUUUUACCACUACAAUGUUACAAAAUGCAGGUUUCUCUCCUCCCCCCCACCAAAUCUUUCCAAUACAAAAACGUAACUUUUAAAAAUAAGGUUUAAAAACAAUUGUUAAAUAAAAUAAGAACAGCAUAAAGGGACAUAUGUAAUAAUAGUUCAUGUGUAGUGUUUUUCUCCGCCUGGCAGCACCACCCACGUUUUUCAGAACUCUUUGUCGAGAUUGAGUUCGCUUUGCUCCAUUCUGUCAAUAAACCAAAAAUGUUAUAAGGCAGCUAACGGCAGAGUCUUUUAUUUCUUUUAAUUGUUCUACCCUGGAUAAUUCCAAAAUAAUACAUUAUGUAAGUAAGGUUAAAGUUUAUACUGCGUGUUUUUUUUCCCUUCUAUUAUACUUUUCUGUUUUAUCAGUAAAUCAUGGCAAUAUCAAAUAGUCGUACUCAGACUUCAGAGAGUUAUAUUUUAUUUAUUUUUUUAAUUUCAAUUUAAAUUUAUUCAUGCCUUUAUUUGCUCCAUAUUUAUUUGGCACAGUGACACUGGCAAAGUUCGUUCGAGUGAGAAUUAACGUGAAUUCACAGUGAAUAUCAAAUUUUAAGGUCAAAAUUGUUUAACUGAAAGGUAGCAAUUCUUUCAUGUAGCUACUCAAGCUUUAAAUUUGAAAUUCAAUUGAGAUUCAGUUUUAGGAAAAUAGGCACACAGACAUGCAUUCUGUACCGAUUCUCCAUAUAAAAUCUGCGGUUACAUAUCACCCAUUAUCCACAAAGAACAUCUAAUUUAUUAUAGAAUUUACAAAUAACAAUGCUUGUGUGGGGUAAAUUCCUGGACUAAAUAAUGCUGUGAUCACCAAUCCUCGCCUCUUAGGAAAAAGUGUAUGUCUUAUCCAUAUUGUGCAAAAGAGCAAAGAACCAAUAAAGGCAUGGAAGCCCACAUGAUAGUUCAGGGUGCAUGUUUUAGCUUUAGGCCUGCAGCCUGUGAAUUCUUCCAAUAAAUCUGCUUGAACCUUGUGUGCCUGGACGAUUUUUUGUCAAUUGGCUAUAUGACAGGUCUGGCCUCCAUCCGGUCCAGCUUAGUAUCCUUGUUCUGAAGGUAGUGCAGUGUUCCCAUCUUUCAUCUCAAUGUACUUCCCCUUUAAUCUGCAUUUGUAGCAAUGGUGGUUAGGUUGCUUAGUAGGCAGAAAGUUAGAUGAAGCACAUUAAUGAAGUGGUGAGGUUACAACUUGAGCUAAUAGCCAGCGCAGCUCCAGAAUAAUGUUUAUACAUUUUUGUUUUGUUUUUAGGCACUGCCUGCAAUCAGAUUCUGUUGCA